AUGUCUUCAGUUCAGAGUUUAUUGUCUGUCGGGGGAACCCGAACAUCAGGGGCUCCUGUCAGAACACAAAACGUCAUGGCCUCUUGUUCGAUAGCCAACAUAGUUAAAAGCUCACUUGGACCGGUUGGAUUGGACAAAAUGUUGGUAGAUGAUAUCGGAGAUGUAACCGUUACUAAUGACGGAGCUACGAUUCUUAAACUUUUGGAAGUUGAACAUCCUGCUGCAAGAGUAUUGGUUGAAUUGGCACAAUUACAGGAUGAAGAAGUUGGAGAUGGAACAACUUCAGUUGUCAUAAUCGCUGCAGAGUUAUUAAAAAAUGCAGAUGAAUUGGUUAAGCAAAAAAUUCAUCCUACUUCUAUCAUCAGCGGUUAUCGUUUGGCAUGUAAAGAAGCAUGCAAAUACAUUCAAGAUCAUCUUGUGGCUAAUGUUGAUGAAUUAGGAAGAGACUGUUUAGUAAAUUGUGCUAGAACUGCUAUGUCGAGUAAAAUAAUUGGAGCAGAUGCAGAUUUUUUUUCAAAUAUGGCAGUUGAUGCUGCUAACUUGAUAAAAGUUAACGAUGGUAAAGGAGGCCACUUGUACCCUAUAAAAGCUGUAAACAUUUUAAAAGCACAUGGUAAAAGUGCCAGAGACAGUAUGCUUAUCAGAGGGUAUGCUCUCAAUUGCACUGUUGCAUCUCAAGCAAUGCCUAAAAAAAUCGUUGAUGCCAAAAUUGCCUGCUUAGAUUUUUCUCUUCAAAAAUCAAAAAUGAAAUUGGGAGUUCAAGUAUUAAUCACAGAUCCUGAUAAGCUUGAAGCUGUCAGACAAAGAGAAAGUGACAUCACAAAAGAAAGAAUACAGAAAAUUUUGGCAUGUGGAGUGAAUGUUGUUUUGCUAACUGGAGGCAUUGAUGAUUUGUGCUUAAAGUAUUUCGUCGAAGCAGGAGCAAUGGCAGUUAGAAGAUGCAAAAAAGAUGAUUUGAAAAGAAUUGCUAAAGCCACAGGUGCCACUUACCUCACUUCUUUGACCAACAUGGAGGGUGAAGAAAGCUUUGAGCCAAGUUUUGUUGGAGAAGCAGCUGAAGUUGUUCAAGAAAUGAUUUGCGAUGAUGAGUUGAUUCUUAUCAAAAAUCCGAAAGCCAGAACUGCCAGUUCGAUUAUCUUAAGAGGUCCAAAUGACUUUUAUUGUGACGAGAUGGAAAGAUCAAUUCAUGAUUCUCUAUGUGUUAUCAAAAGAGUAUUGGAAAGUAAAAAUGUAGUUGCUGGGGGUGGUAGUGUAGAGGCAGCAUUGUCUAUUUAUUUAGAAAAUUUUGCAACAACCAUAAGCUCAAGAGAACAAUUGGCCAUUGCUGAGUUUGCAAAAUCUCUUUUAAUCAUUCCAAAGACAUUAGCUGUAAACGCAGCACAAGAUGCUACUGAUUUAGUAGCUAAAUUAAGAGCUCAUCAUAAUUCAAGCCAAACAGUAUUAGAAAUGGCUCACUUAAAAUGGUACGGAUUAGAUCUUUAUGAAGGAAAAGUAGUGGAUAAUAAGAAAGCUGGAGUUUUGGAACCUGCCAUUUCCAAAAUAAAAUCGUUAAAAUUUGCAACAGAAGCAGCCAUCACCAUUUUAAGGAUUGAUGACAUGAUUAAAUUGGAUCCAGAACCGAAAGAUGAUAGCAACUAUCAAAAAGCUCUUCGCAGCGGUGAAUUGGAAGACUAA